AUGGAGAAACUCGAGCAGAAGAGAUGGACUAACAGCAAGGAGGCUUGCCACAUCUUUGAUUGCUCGCACAGCCCCCUUGCCGCGAGUCCAUCUCUUCUGCUUGAGUUUCUCAUCUCCAAGGUACACGCCUUCAAUGUAGCGGUGAACUAA